AUGUCUGUUAGUGCUGCAUGCUUGAAUGAUUUGGCCGGGAAUGAACAAUGUUGUGAUUGUGAAUGUGAUGUUCCAAAAUGGGCCAGUAUCAAUAUUGGUUGUGUAAUUUGUAUUACUUGCUCUGGUGUUCAUAGAAAAUUAGGCACUCAUCUGUCUCAAGUUAGAAGUCUUACUUUGGACAACUGGACAAAUGAAAUUAUUGAAAAUAUGAAGAAAAUUGGAGGAAAUGCCAAAAUUAAUCAAUACUAUGAAGCUAAACCUUUGGAUGCAUUCCCAAAACCAACAGAAAAUACAAAUCCACUUUAUAGAGAGGAAUAUAUUAGAGCUAAAUAUGAAACUAAAUUAUUCACAUCUGAUUCUAAGGAAGAAAGUCGAAAUGUCAAACCUGUAAAUUUACCUACAGAAAUUGUAACUGACGAUGAGGAUCAUCCAAAGCCAAAGAAAAAGAAUUCUCUCUAUAAAUCCUUGAAAAAGACUUCAAGUUCUUCCAGUAAUAAGGGAAUGGUUGAAUUUAUUGGAAUGCUUACUGUGACAAUUUUGGAGGCAAGAAAUUUAAUUGUAUGUGAUAAUAAUGGAUAUAGUACGUAUUUCAAUAAUAUUAAUAGUUCUGUAACUAGUAUAUCUCUAGGUGAUCCAUAUGUAAUUUUAGCCUGUGGACCUAGUUUGGAGGAUAGAACCAAUAUUUGGCCAGGACAACUUGUAAAAACAACAACCAAAAUGAAAACUUUGAAUCCAGUCUGGAAUGAAACAUUAACAACUUGCAUUUCCAAUAUCAAGACUGAUGUCUUUCACUUGGAGGUAAUUGACUGGGAUCGUGUCAGUGAAGAUGAUUUCAUGGGAUAUCAUUCAUUAACUCUUGAAGAACUAUUCGAAGAUAAAGAUCCAACUCAACCCAUCAAGAAAACCCUCAAAUUAAAAGGUGUAAAAAAAGGAGAAAUUGAUAUUCAAGAUAAUAAUAAUAUUUCUGCUGGAGGUUCUGGAGGAGAUUCUGAUGGUAAUUCGAAAAUUUGUCACAAAGUAUCCGAUUAUAAAUUAGACCAAUGUAAAUUUGUUACAGAAAAUUGUCCAAAUCCAAUGGGAGGUGGUAUGAUUAAUUAUUUAUGGUUUAGAUAUUGUGGAUUGCAACAAGCUCCUUGGCUUUUCUUUGUGCUGUCAGUUGUUUGGGUGUUAAUAUUAUUUUACAUGUUGUCAAAUACAGCUGAAGAAAACUUUUGUCCUGCUCUUACUGAAAUUUCAAGAAUUUUGAGAUUGUCACCGGAUGUUGCUGGUGUGACAUUUUUGGCUUUGGGAAAUGGAGCUCCUGAUAUUAGUAGUAUUGUUGCUGGUGUUUUCUCUGGUUCGACGGGUUUUGGUAUUGGUGAACCAAUUGGUGCAGGUACAUUUGUCACUAGCAUGGUCAUGUCAGCUGUGAGUUUAUUUUCUGAUGCCAAAGUCAUUCCAUUCCCAUUCUUGAGAGAUGUUAUUGCUUAUUUGAUAAGUGUAAUUUAUGUUAUGGUUAUUGUUAUGGGAAAUGGUUCAAUUAAUUUAUGGCAAAGUAUUAUGUGUCUUGUUAUUUAUGCUUUAUAUGUGUUGUUUGUCAUUCUCUCAAGAACUGUGAUUACUCAGUAUGAAAAAUUCAAGAAGAGAAGAAGAGAUAGAAAUCAUGCUAUGAGUAUCAAUGAGGAAGAUGAAGUAUCAGAUGAAGAAGAUGUUGGAGGUGGAUGGAGAAGUGGAAAAGCACCACUCUUUGAAACUCAAAUUAAUAAGAUUUCUGAUUUGACAGAUGAAUUAAAGAAGGAGAUUAUUGAGGAACAAAAACAUAAUGUUUUUGGAACAGUCUUCUUCCCAAAGGUUGGUAUUUACCAUCGUCACAAAACUACAGAGCAACCAACAUCAGUUAGAGAGCAACCUCCUAUUUUUGGUCGAGAUGAAUUACCUUCUAAUAGUGCUCUUAUUGUAAAGAGUAUUAAACAUGAUGAAACCCUCCCUAUUAUUAAUAGAGAUCAAGGAGAACUUCCAUCGAAUAGUGCUUUGAUUUCACAUGCUUCAGGAGUAGAAAAGAAAUCCACUUUUGCUAGUUCGGGUUCUUUAAUUAUUUCUGAACAUUUCUCAUUACCAACCGAGGAUACAUCAUUAAUGCACACAGAAGAUGAAAAGAACUUUAUUGAAAAAGCUAAAACCACUCUCAGUGAAGGUUUUGAAGGAUUUAAGGAAUGGAUUGAAUGGGACGAGAAGUCAAUAUUUUCCAAGAUUUUCUAUAUUGUAUUUGAAGGAUUUACAGUAUUUAUUAGAAACUUGACUAUUCCAAAAGCUGAUCCAAACGACUGGAGCAAGUUUCUUGCCUGUGUUUCAAUGGUUUUCAUUCCACCAUUUGUUUUAUUCAGUGUUGGAAGCAUUACAUUGAUGAUACCUAAUUCUAAUUUCCCAGUUGCUAUCUUGUUAUUAAUUGUUGGUAUUAUUUUGGCUACGAUUGUCUUUUUCACCACAAAGAGAUCCAAGCCACCAGUUUACCAUUUGUUCUUUGUAGUUUUGGCAUUUAUUAUGUCAAUUUUGUGGAUUUAUAUUAUUGCAAAUGAAAUGGUUGACUUGUUGACAUCUCUAGGUGUUAUUGCUCAAGUUUCUGAUGCUAUUCUUUCAAUUACCGUACUUUCAUGGGGUAAUUCACUGAGUGAUAUUGUUGCUGAUGUGAUAAUUGCAAGACAAGGAUUUGUGGAAAUGGCUCUUGGCGGUGUUUAUGGUGGACCACUUUUGAAUUUAUUGAUUGGUUUGGGUAUUGCAACAACUGCAUCAAACAUUAUGAAUCCAAAACCAUUCGAAUUUGAACAAAACGUUACUGUUUAUGUUUCAUUCUUCUUUUUGCUUGCAUCCUUACUGUCUUCCUUAAUUGUUGUUCCUCUUUGCAAGUGGAAAUCACCUAAGAUUUUUGGUAUCUUUUUGGGUGGUCUCUAUUUGAGCUAUAUGAUUGUCAGUGCUCUUGUGGAAACAAAGGUUCUCUUCAGUGCUAACUAAUAAAAA